CUCUCACCUAGAAGACACAGUAACUGCCAUCGGAGACUCUCCGGUAAACCUCUUCUGAAAAGGCCUUUACUUAACGAAAUUUCUCUCUAUUUCCUCAACGUUCAAAAUCUCUCCCAGAUUUUUCGUUCGAUUCCAGUAGACUUCUGUUCUCCUCAUCGCCGUUCCUCAACUCAACCGCAGAAAUCAAGGCCGGUCGUCGUAAAUGAGCGCAAGGAACCGAUCUCGACUUUGAUUGAGGCCUGCUUUUCAAAUUUUCUGGAGAAAAGAAAGCUUUUAGUCUCUUUUAAUCCGUUUUCUCGGAGAAAACUUCCAUACAUGGAGGAGAGCGAUGCAGAAUGCUCUAUAUGCAAAGAACAAAAUGGGGUUCGUUGAUGGAACUCUUAAGAAGCCAAGUACAGAUUGUCCAGAAUUUCUGGCUUGGACGAAGUGUAACUCCAUGGUGUUGUCAUGGAUAUUGAAUGCUCUCUCAAGGGAAUUACAUAGCAGUGUGGCCUAUGCGGAGAGUGCAGCAGAGGUCUGGGAAGAUUUGAAGGAACGUUUCUCACAAGGAAACACAUCCCGGAUUUAUGAACUGAAGCUCGAGCUCGUAACAACCACUCAACAAACAAGAUCUGUAGCAGCUUAUUUCACAAAAUUGAAACCCAUUUGGGAUGAGUUGCAGGCUCAUGAACCUGUGCCAACAUGUACUUGUGGCUGCACUUGUGGUGCAACAAAGGAGUUUACAAGGGCACGAGAGACUGAGAUGGUUCAUCAAUUUCUCAUGGGCUUGAAUGAGAAUUUUUCUACCAUGCGCUCACAGAUCUUGAAUAUGGAACCAUUACCAUCUCUCAACAAGGUUUACUCAAUGGCCACAAAAGAAGAAAAACAGCAAAUGGUGUCUGCAUCUAGAAGUCCA